GGAAAACCCGCAUCAUUCUUACAAGUUCUACCAGGAUCUAGCCAUGGAGACACUUAGCACAGUGGACGCAGGCAGUAGCGGACUACUAGUACUAGUAGGGUCGAAACCCACCGCGGCCCCUCAUCUUACGAACUCCGGGUCCCCCGCAACAACUCCGCCGUCGCUAGAGACACUGCCCGUGGAGCUACAGUGUCUAAUUCUGUGCAAUGCACCGGACCUCGCGUCGCUCAGCGCGCUCAUUCAUGCCUCGCCCGAGCUACAUCGCACUUAUGUCGAGCAUCGAAGGAGGGUGUUACGACACCUCAUUACACAGCUCUUGGAUGGAAUGCGUGUUGACGUACUUGCUGCGUAUCACUCAGGAACAGAGGAAUUCCAAAACACGCGUACGGAGCCUCUCCUCAGGGCUUUCGUCGAGGAGCAGCAAGCAAUACAUUUUACAGAUCCACCAACGUCACCGCCAGCUAGUGACUGGACCGCAGAGCUGCCUCUAGACGCGUGCAUCUCUAUACUCCGCUUCCACGCCUCCGUCAUCGAGCCGCUGACAGAAGCGUUUGCGCGCUGGGCGCUGGACACGCUACCGUCAAAGGCAGAGAACGAAGCCAGCAAGUCCGCCUCUCUUAGUGAAACGGAGCGAUGCCGGAUUCAACGCGCAUUCUAUCGGAUGCAGAUGUUCUGCAAUGUAUGUGGCUCACGGGAAUGUGGACGAAGAGCCAAACUGGGACUCAACACCACCGACCGCCGCGUUCGUAUUCUUAACAUGUUUCCGGCGUGGGAAGUUGAGGAGAUUCUAAGCAUACAUGACUUUGCCAAGGAUUAUUACAGAAUUCUUUUUAAACAGGUAGCCCGGGAUCUGAACGAGGAGCGGAAUCCGAAAUAUAGGCACAUUGAUAAGACCUCUGUCCAUGCGCAGCUGAACUUGGUCACGGAGCUGCCUGGUGGGUACACAAGGGUCCACGACAGAUCUCAGAAUACGAUGCUGAACCACGGGCUACAUCUCCUAGCCAACAUCUCCAAGAUCAAAAGCCGUGAACAGCUAGUGGAGAUCGUACUCACCGAAAUUACCUCAAGAGAGGACUCGCUCGGAGCCUAUGAUUUUGAGACCGAGGGAUGGCUGGAUGAGUUUCUUUAUAUGGGUAUGCUUCAAAAUAGGAGACGUACAGUGCGGCCUAACCUCUACGACUCUGCCCAAGAUUGCAGGCAGAAGACACCAUUUCACGGGGACAAUCCCGGCUGUCCGCCACUUGCCUGGAUUCUCUUCUGGCAGGGCGAGUAUAGCAAUCUUUUUGGCGUCUUCAUACCAGACGAGCUCCGUCGCUGGGGCUACAUCAUGUGGGACGCCGUCCGGCUGGACUCGGAUGCUAGGGAUGCUAUUGAGCGUACCUGGAAAUAUGUAGUCGACCACUGUGGUGCAGACCCAAGAGUGUAUGACCGGAGCUCACGUGUUGUCGAUUCGCCAACGUCGCCUUGAUGGUAUUAGCGACGAUCUCACGCAGCUGCUUACCUAGGUAUGCAAGGGAUAAUGAACUACAUCCAUAUCCGUGAACAAA